AUGAUUAAAGAGUGGGAAAAUCGCUUUCAGAGGCUUAGAAGCCAGAGAGCUGGACAUCUGAAGGCCCAGGAAGGGACCACUGCUGAGGGAGAGCAAGAUAACAGAAAGCCAUCCAAGACCUCCAGUGUCAGCCACCCCUUGAUAGUUCAAGAUUUUCCAUACCACAAAGAGGACCUCUGUACGGCAUCACCUCUGGGGAUAUGGACGGCAUUCUACAAAUCAGACCCACGCAUUGCACUUGGAAAAUACUCCCCAAUGGAACAAGAGAUCCAACAUCUUGGUGGCGUGCACACUAUAGCAGCCAGGAGAUUUUUGGCUGACCAACACAAGAGAGAAUGGAAGAUGCUGAAAGAGCUACAGGCACAGUCUUCGGACUACAAAAAGGCGACAGAAUAUAGAAGAGAGUCCUCUUCUCUGUGCUCUGUGUGUGUACCCCCGGAGAAAAUAUGGACAGCAAAGGUGGUUCUGCCUGCAGAGGAGUUCAAGAUCCCCCACCGAGAGAUGACCGACAUCAACAAGCAUAUCAAAAGGAUGCAGUUGGCAAGAGCCCUGAAGAGUAAGCAGUUUUCGCCACACAGUGAAAGGCUCUGGAGCGCCACCUUGCGGUCGGGAGCGGAGCUGGGUUCCACCGCCACAGAAAAAUCCAGUGAAGAAGGGGAUAACUUCAACAGGGAUAGUUCUGAUAAAGUCAGCCAGGAGGAGAAAGGGGAGGCAGAGCUCAAACCCACCAAAACACGAGAAAUUACGAUGGACGUCAUUUUCAAGUCAGAAGAACGCAAGGGGUGUUUGAUAUGCCGUCCGAACGACCGGAAGACUUUCCUCCCUAAAAAGAGACGGGAGCGGCGCAUCACGGGCCUGACGAACAGAAACCUCUUCCCCAUCAGUGGCUUUCCUGGAGACCUGAUGCUCAUGAACCAGGACUUUAUAUCACGGGGCAUUCACCCGAGUGACGCCAUUAAGAUGUACUGGCUGCCGGAAGAAGAUUCCUGCAAAUUGCACAAACACAGGACCGCCCGCUCCCCAUACUGA